GAGUGUUCCCCAGUUUUCUCCAAGCAAUGUUCUUGCCCAGUGGGAAAGAACUGCAAACAGCAGAGAUUGAGGGUGAGAGGCUGCAAAUCAAAAAGGAAGGAAGGAAGGAUCUGGCUGCCUUCAUCCCCGUCGUGAGAUGCUGGGCCGGUGGAUGUUGUAAAAAAUUUUGGAUCAGCUCAGGCAUGCGAGCUUUUCUCCCAGAAAUUCUCUCCUGCACAAUCGUGAAAGGGGCAUGCUGAUGAAGAGCCUUUGGAGCAGGCCAUGGGGGUUAUGGCGCCCCCCAGUUGCAUCGUUCACCCUCAUGGUGCUUCUCUGCCUAUUCUGGUUGGCGGGCAUAGACGAAAGCUUGGCGUUAUCGCCCAACCUCCUGCUCACCAGCCCUUUCCAAGCGUAUCGCCUCGUGACCUACUGCCUGUGCCUCACGGAUUCUCCUUUGUUCUUCCUCAACCUGCUCCUCUUUCCACUGCUGAGUUGGCACCAGGAGCGAUGCCAGGGCACUCUGCGCUACCUCCACUCUUCGGCACUUGGCGCUUUCGCCUCGGCCCUCCUCUACCUCCUCCUAGCUUGGCUGCAGGGUGCUCAGGCCGGCUCUGCUGUUGGGGGCUACACCCCCGUGCACCUGGCCUUGCUUGGGUGGCCCCAAGGGCAUCAGAGACAGGGGGGUCCCCGGAGGUGGGCUUCCCCUCCUCUGCUGGCUGUGCUGCUGCUGGGUCUGAGCUGGAUUCUCUCCCCCAGCUCUCCUUUCCUCCUGCAUCUGAGCGGGCUGCUCACGGGCCUGGCCUUCUGGGCUGGGGUCUUCUCCCCGCUGGAAUUAUCAGAGAGACGCCUGGAAAAGCUGCACAGCGGAAUCAUCUUUAAGACCCUCCCGGGAAGAGGCUCUUUCCUCCACUUUGUCCUGUCCCCGGCAGGACCUGCUGAAAUCCUCCCCACCGCCGACCCAGCCGCCGGGAGAGACAGGAUUCCUCGUUCUCCGGAGUCGCCAACCCAAGCGUUUCCCCCAGCAGAUUUCCCUACGCAGCCUCUCUUUCUCGCUUCGCCACCUGCCUCUUACUGGAGUGGAGAAACUGCAGCUCUGGAGCAGGAACUCAGUCAGUCAGUUGCUGCUGGUUCCCUGCCUCCCUUCCCCGCCCACCACGGGGCUUUGAGUGCUCCUUUCUCGGCCCUCCAAAGAUCCCUGAUGGAUGAAGAGCUGCUCCGAGCCGGGAUCCAGGCUUCUCUGCAGGAUAUGGCGGAGGAAGAGGUGAAACUUUCCAAAUCUUCGGUUUCUUCUCUCCGGCUCCAGCAGCUCCAGAAAAUGGGCUUCCCAACCGAGCAGGCAGUUGUGGCGCUGGCAGCCACGAGCCACGUGGAGGGUGCCGUCUCACUGCUGAUCGGAGGCCACAUCGGAGACCAAGCUGUGGUGACGGCAGAGAGAUGCUCCGCUCAACGCUAGCGACCUCCGGGCACCAGCUAGUGAGUGGACAGAGGUUGGCAAGCCAGCCCGAACGGUGCCAGCGUCCGGGCAGAAAACCAGCCACGGCUGGUGGAGUUGAGCGGGGAUUCGCUGUGGACUCAACUGGGAAGGAAGGAAAGCGGAAGGUGGGCGAGACCCACCAUUGAAGCCAAGGCCACCCUGUUGCUAUGGGGCAGCUUCCAUACAGCCCAGCCAGGCUGGUGCGUCAAGAGGGCAAGAGUGGAAGACAAUGCACAUAUAUCAAGGGCUGCAAGACGCUUGGGAAAUCCUCCAGAAGAGACCCAGUGGCUUCUUCCAUCUGGGGAUUCUUGGAAUAACAAAACCAGAGGUUUCUCCUGAUUGCAGUCGUUUUCCCAUGUGUUCCAUGGGUGUUUGUGGAAACCAUCUCCCGAGACGUGUCAGGAGGUGGUGGGGACACGGGCAAAAGCCGCCCCCAGUGGCCAAUCCGUCUGGGCUGCCACACAUUAGGCAUUGUUCGUGAGAAAGGGAGCCCUCUCCAUGCCUACGAGCUCCGCCACUCACCCGGGAGAUGUAGCAAGGAUCUCAGUUCCGGGGUUCGGAGUUUGACCAAAAACAUCCAGAGCUCAAAUCUGGGCCUUUUCCAUGCAUCCACUUUGAAGUGAGGGGCAGGGUGUUCUCACCCCCACGCAGAACAGAGUCCCGUCCACACUGUAUGUUUAAAGCACUCUUAAAAACAUUCAAAGGAAUAACAGAUGACACUGAAUUCUGCAUUGCAAGGGGGGCGGGCUGGAUGACCCGUUGGGGCCCUUCCAAUUCUGUGAUUCUAUAACAGUUCCCAGGAUUCAUGUGUUGGGGGUGGGAGCCACAACUUCCCCCAAAUAAUCCUAGGAACUGUUGUCCGUCAAGGUGUUCCCAGUGCUUUUUUUCUGGGGGGGAUGCAGGGGGACGCAUACCCCUAAACAUUUUGUGAAUCUUUGUACUUUUGUCCAUUUACUGUAUUUAUUUUCCCCAGUUGGAACUAUAAAAUGGUGAUUUUUCUGGAGUCAAAA